GACCACUAGCUUCUUCUUCACCAGUCUUCUCCAUGUUCAUCAUCAUCAGUGGCACAUUCGUUAUAGCCGAGGAUAGAGCACCAUCCAGGGGUAGGGCAGCCGAACCGAGUCACUGCGGUAGUCAUGGCGGCGCCGUUAGCCCACUUCGAUGAAGACUGGCAGGAUUUCAACGAAUUCAAGGCGGCCCCAGGGUCGCCAAACCGACUGGGCCAGCUGAACUCCUCGAACGUGGCUGACACGGGCCUGGUGGAGGAUUUCUCGGACAUCAACAACAGCUUCUCGGGGGAGAUAUGUAGCUUCAAAUCAAUGGAGGACCUUGUCCACGACUUCGAUGAGAAGCUGACAGUUUGCUUCCGAAAUUACAACACUGAAACUGAAAACAUAGCCCCCAUUAAACCUAUCACAGAAGAUAAUUUCCUCAAGGACGACGACGUGUGGAAUGCUCUCACCGAUAACUACGGCAAUGUGAUGCCAGUGGACUGGAAGACCUCUCACAUUCGCUCCCUGCAUCUCCCCACUCUCAAUCUCUGUGAGCAGGGGAAGCUGGACAACAUGCCUCUUGACCUGUCUGAUGAUGAUGAGGAGCUGAGGGAACAGAUGGACAUGCACUCCAUCAUCGUGUCCUGCGUCAACGACGAGCCAAUCUUCACCGUCGAGCAGGUGAUCGAGGAGAUUGAGGAGCUGAUGGAGGAGUCUCCAGACCCAGAGGAUGAUGAGAGCCCGUCCCAGUCAGACCUGUCCAUGCUCUCCCAAGACCUCAGCAACCUCAAACGCUCCAGCUCCAACACCAGCUAUGAGGACCGCCUGCAUCGUCUGUCAGUCUCAGAGCUGAGCGAGGCCUUGGAGGAGGUGGAGACGGCCAUCAGGCGCUACAGUGAGGAGCUGAUCCAGGUCCUGGCUCUGAGGGACGAGCUGGACUUUGAGAAGGAGGUGAAGAACAGCUUCAUCUCGCUGCUCAUCGAAGUGCAGAACCGGCAGAAGGAGCACCGCGAGCUGCUCCGCCAGAAGAAGAAGACCAGGCCCACAGGCAGUGCCCUGAGGGCAGACAGGACACACGUUCCUGGGACGCUCUUCACUAUGGAGGGACUCUCCACUGUCAUUCAGAACGGCCUCCGUCAAACUUUCGGCAGCACAGGAGGGGACAAACAGUAUCUGACCACAGUUAUCCCCUAUGAGAAGAAGGCUGGCUCCCCCUCUGUGGAAGACCUUCAGAUCCUCACCAAGAUUUUGCAUGCCAUGAGGGAGGACAGUGAGAAGGUACCCAGCCUCCUAACAGACUACAUCCUCAAAGUACUGUGUCCCACAUAGACCUAGUGGAGGAGCCCCCUGUUCUAGAACAUUCUGACGGAACACUCAGGAGCUGCAGAUUUCUGGAACAUACCAAUGGAAGGAGAGCCCCCCCCCCACACCCCUCUAAGGUGGACUCUUCCUGUUGGGGGGGGGGGGUGACGACGACUCCAUCUUUUCCCUCGACUUAUAAGAUUCACAUUUUAAUACCUGAUGCUUUACCUUUUUACAUGUCAUUUUUAAGUGUGUUUUAAUGUUCUAAUGCUAUAAUCUCACAUUCGUUUUGUCUUCUCUGCAUGUUAGUGUCUCUGUUAGCCUGUUGGCAGUAUUACUCUCCAUUGUCUAAAGUGUCUUUCUGUACUUAUUUUCUAUCCUCUGUUUGCACUAAUGUGAAAGAACUUGAGAGGGGAAACUAAUUCCUGUCUCUACAUUCACCGGUCUGUCUUUUCACAUCAGUAAGAAAUAGGGUGAGGAGACGAGAAGUCACUUGACCACUGGAAUGCGUCUUUCCUCUGUUAGACUGGCCAAUGCCCUCUGACUGGGGUAUAUAGGAGGGAUGGGGAAAUAAGGCUUCUUGAACCUCUAUGGGUGGGAUCAGUCAUGGAGUCCAAUGGGAGCGCUCCGCUUUAACAGAGAGAUCCUAUGGAUCAGAGUAAUUAAUGAUUGACAGACUAUGGUAUUAGUGGGAUUCAGAAGCCUUGUUUUUUUUUUCCCCCAUCUCUUUUACAUUUCACAAACCCUGUCAGUUUGUCUUUGCAUGCUGGUACAUAGGAUUAGAGAGCUACACUAGUGACAUGUUAUAAAUCAUUAUUUUGUAUACUACAAUGGGGAAAUUGCACAAAUAGAACAUGUAUUUUUAAUUGAUAACUUCUCGAAAAAGGGAAAAAAUAAUGACAGAAGUUAGUUAGAAGGUAACCUGAAAGAACAAGCUUAUACAGCUUUUUAUUUUUCUGUAGUUUUAAAGAAAUUAGGGACUUUUUGCUGCCUGUAGUGUAGCCACUUAUGACAUCACCAUUCUUAUGUAAACAAUAGCUGUCAACCUCUGACCCCUCCUAGUGACAUGUUACAUUAUGACCCUGUAAACUUGCCUGCCUCAUACCUCACCUCUUAGUAUGUACUGAAAGUUCAGGGUUGAGUAUUUCAGUGGAUAUAACACUAAUAUUAGGAUGUUGAAAUAAUGGUGUAAUUGCUGUGAGUUGAUCCUACCAUGUUGUUUUUAAAACCAAUAACUCUUUGAUGUUGUGUUGAGGAUCAAGUGAUGAUGUAAUCAGUCGGUGAUCUGUUCUUGUCCAGUGGAUGUAGCAACAGUAGUAGAACACUAAAUCGUUGUAUGUACUUAUGGAGACAAUGUAACGGAGGUAGGGAGGUUUCUGUUCAAAGACAGGAGAGAUCCUUCAAACACCAACAUUUCCAUAACCUCUUGUCUACAUCCACAACCGCCAACCUUCACCAGCACUAUCUGUCAUGGCAACGCUAUGCUUGGUACGCCACAAACCUGUCAAAUCGUCGGCAGGUAACUAAGCUCAGUGCACAAUAAUUGCAGUCGCACACAAACCGAUCGGGUCCAGUCUAUCACUACUCUACACCAAGAGCAGUGGUGGCGAUGUUGUUACUCCAUGUUUGGGGGGGGGGGGGGUAUGUUUUAACAUUAGCAAGCCCAGCAGCUUGAGUAGCCAUGUAGUAGGUUUUGGCAGACCUAGGCCUGAGUAGUAGUAUAAUGACAUCAGUGAUUGAUAAGGCUACAGAUAAGUAUAGGCUAGAACCUGAAGACCUAGCCAAGUGGUUGUUGUAGCAUCAGUUUGUAGCUCUAUAGUAAAACUACUGUUGUAGUAACUGCUGGACAAAGUAUUUAGAAGCCUGACACCUAUAGACAGCAACUAGACAUCCCAGGUAAGAAGUCCACGGUAGUGCCAGUUCUGUCCUCGCUAUUAGAAGUCGAAUCAUGGUGUCUAAUGGAAGCUUUUUCCUGUAUCAAAGUGUGACGAGGUAAUGGGUUUCAGUUGAAUGUCUCCGAAGGUAGAUUUCUUUAGUAAGGGAAGCCAGCAGACCUCUAGGUACUGUACAGAAUCAUAUGCAACUAUCUUUCAAUUGUAGCUAGCUUCAAAAGCAUUCACAACCCCUAGCAUGUGCUGCAUGCACUUUUACUUCAGAUAAAUCAAAUGAAUGGUAAGCAAUAAUGACACACUAAAGGAAUCCUUAGCAUUGAACCACGUUGCAAUGAGAAAGUUAAGCCGAACUGGAAUGUAUACUAGCUUGGGUGGGGUUUGGACUCCUUGAAACUGGAGUCAAAUUGAGUAGUAUAAUUUGGGUUGUCUUUGGAGCGGCACAGCGUUGUCACGGAGAUCAGAGAAGGUUAUUGACUCGGAUGGAGCUCUGCCCCUCUCGUCGCCUGGUCCCUCUAUUUUAGCAAACAUAUCAGCGUAUAUCCACACUUUAUCUAGAGAAUUAUAUUUAUAUAAACACAAGCAACAAAAAAGGCUGCCUUUGUAAAUGCCUAAAAUUUUGUAUAUAUAAUCUACUCAUUUAUUUUUAAUGCACUAUACUUCUUCCCCCAUUUUGGGUUUUUUUAUGUUUACAUGUCUUGUCAUGUGGUACUACAGUACAUUAAUUUAUUCAGUAAGUGUUUUUGUUUUGUAACCAUAUUAUUAACUAGUGGUACAAACUUUUUGGGCCAGAAUUGCAUCUGGAGCUCAUUUCAAAUAAAAUUAUGAUAUGUUGA